CUUAUGUUGCCAGCUUUUUACUUAAGCUGUAUUGAGAUGCUAAAAGAAUGGGAGGAGAUUGUACCAGAGCAAGGAUCAAAAGAGCUGGAUAUUUGGCCUCAAUUUCAAAAAUUAACAAGUGAUAUGAUUUCUCAUACCGCAUUUGGGAGUAGCUAUGAACAAGGAAGAAGAAUAUUUGAACUUCAAAAUGAACUAGCUGAGAUUAUUAUGAAGCAAUUCAAUUUCAUUUAUAUACCAGGAUCAAGAUUUUUGCCCACCAAAAGUAACAAGAAAAUGAAAACAAUUGAAAAAGAAGUUCAAGAAUCAAUUAGGCAUCUCAUUGGCAACAGAUUAAAGGCAAAAGAAGCAGGACAAGACUUUGGUGAUGACUUAUUAGGUACAUUAUUGGAAUCAAAUUCCAAUGAAAUUGAAGAACAAGGAAGCAAGGAAUUUGGAUUGACUAUUCAUGAAGUAAUUCAAGAAUGCAAAUUAUUUUAUUUUGCUGGGCAAGAAACCACUUCUGUGUGGCUUGUUUGGACUAUGAUUUUGUUAUCUAGGCAUCAAGAUUGGCAAUCAAAGGUUAGAGAGGAAGUUUUGCGAGCCUUUGGAAGUGAUCAACCAGCUUUCGAUGAAUUAAGUCGGUUGAAAAUUGUGACGAUGAUUUUGUAUGAGUCCUUAAGACUUUAUCCGCCACUAGCAACUCGUAUUCGAAGGACUAAUGAAGACACUAAAUUGGGGGAUUUGCAUCUACCAAAUGGAUCAUUGCUAUUUAUACCAACAAUCUUAUUGCAUCAUGACAAGGAAAUUUGGGGCGAAGAUGCAGAGGAGUUCAAACCAGAGAGAUUCAGUGAAGGUGUUUUAAACGCGACAAAGGGUCAAAUGACGUUUUUUCCAUUCGGAGCAGGACCGCGAAUAUGUAUUGGACAAAACUUCGCCAUGUUAGAAGCAAAAAUGGCUAUAGCUCUGAUUCUACAACGCUUCGCGUUUGAGCUAUCUCCUUCUUAUACACAUGCUCCUCAUUCAAUUGUGGCUUUGCAACCUAAGUUUGGUGCACCCUUAAUUUUGCAGAGGCUCUAGUUUCGCCGAAAAAGGAGAACUAUCAUGUAAGCCGAAAGGAAUCUAGGACAGGUUUUGUUUAAGAUCGAUUGAACUCAUUACUUUCGACUUGAACUAUUAUAUGCUUAUGAAAGCAAAAAAAAAAUAAAAAGAACAUUUGAAAUGUGUACAGAUGAUAAGAUUACAUUUAUAUUAAUUGCACCAGUACUCGUUGACUCUAGAUUUUGGAUUCGCCUCUGCUCCUAGGAGUAUGUCUUGUGAGGGGAGUUAAGUUGGUACUACUAUUUGUCUUACAAAUUUGUGCUGAGUUUAUGUGUUACCAACUGAUCACUUUAUGUUGCUUGUAAU